AUGAUCAACUUCAGGCAGCUUGUAUCCUGGGUGAGCCUACCUGACGCAGCUAGUCCCUUGGUCGAAUGCAAGGAGCUUGAGAAUGGUGCGGGAAGGGGACUCUUCGCGACAAUGGACGUUCCUCCCAACACGCCCUUGAUAGUACUACCUGGGUCCAAGUUGCUCAACAAGUUUACGUUGAGAUCGUCGUACCCGACAAGUGCUUUAGAUCUGACCUCGAUGCAGCUUCUGACCAUGCAUCUCUUCCUUCAUCGUGAAGGAGAAAAUGACUCUUUCUCACCAUUCAUUGCGUCUCUUCCCCAAUCCUUUGACUCUCACCCCGUAGCCUGGUACGCUCGGGCACAAUUGCAAACUGCAUCUAUGCUUCCGAGGGAAUUGAUUUCGAGGAUACCUGAAACGGCAAGUGCAAGGAUCACUGCCACUCAUGCCAGGUACCAACAUGAUAUCGAGCAAGUUAGACUGUAUCUAGUGGGGACACAAAUACAGUUGCGGAAUGUCGAAUUGGCAAAAUCUAGAUGCAGUACGCGAAGCGAGGAAGAAGAUUUCUUAUGGUCAUGGCUUUGUGUGAAUACGCGGUGUAUUCAUCUCCCAAUAACCAGCACCUCCUCACCAGAAGAAGAUUUGACGCUCGUGCCAUUACUUGACUUAGCAAAUCACUCUCCCGAUCUUCCACGUGCGUGCCAGUUUGAAGUCAAAUACAUUUGCGACACCCGGCGCGGCCCUUCCGGCUCUCCCCACGCGCCGCGAUCCGUUAUCCUCCGUUCGCCGGCGUCUGUAACCGUAAAAGCUGGAGAAGAGAUUUUGCUUCAGUACGGGCAUCAUAGCAAUUCGGCCUUGUUUUCUGAGUAUGGCUUCACCCUUGAACGACGUUUGGAUUCCGAUCCGUCAGAGGUAAAUCUAGAUUAUGCGAUACGGCUGCUGCUGCAACCGUACGCGUCCAUGAAAGACUUGUUGGAGCGAUGGGAUUAUUGGCUCGACUGGACAAUUCAUACAUCGCCACCCCCCGCGCACCCAUCCUACCGUUUGUUAACCGUUCUUCGCUUACUCGCUCUUCCGAGCUCCGCCAUCACCGCUGCUUCCCAGGAUCUUGAUAGCUCUCCAGUGCGACCAAAGUUUCCUACUGGUUGGCCCAGCGAAGACCCCUAUGAUUGUUGGAAAGCAACUGUCCUGGGUUUCGCAGAUAACGUGUCUGAAAUCAACGAGCAGAAGGCGCGAGACCAACUUUUAAUGAUCUGCCAGUCCCUGAACGAACAAGCUAAAGGAAUCCUAAGAGCUGAUCGGCUUGCACUUUCCCUAACCGGCGCUACGCCAACCUGGCUCCUAUAUGCCGACCACUGCCUUCAUGGCUUGUGGAGGGAAGUGGAAAACACCACACGGCUCGUUAUGGAGAGCAUUGCCAGGGGAGAAGUCUUCUGA